UUUCGCCUUUUCCGGUUUCGGUUGCGUCCUCACCGCGUUCGUUUUUCCAUUUGGCUUGCAGUUGCGCGUACCUGGAAAUUGUCCUUCCCGUUCUCAUCGGCGAUAGGGCGGCGCGAUGUCUGCGGCGGCGGCGCGGCUCGCCGGCGCUUCGGUUUCUAGUGGCCUGACGGGUCGGCCGAGCGAAUUGGGCGCGGCAAUCAGGAGGAAGAGAUUGCUCGCCCCUGUCCGCACAGGCGGUGUUUGUAGCUUUUCGGCUCUCGUCGAUCGAAACAGGUUCCGCAGCUGCGGAUGCCGUCUAUCUGCGAAUCGCGGGAGGUUGUCGCUGCUCUCGGUCCGUGGUCAGUUGAGUUCGGAUUGCGGCGUAGGUUCUGUAGAUGUCGAUGAAUGCGUGGCUACUUCGUCUGUGGGGGAUGAGCUCCCUCCAAGAGAUGAUCCUCGCACCAAGAAAACAGAGGAAGCCACUGAGUCCACAGCGAUUCCUCGAGGUCAAUCGCAUAUCACUGAUGUGAAAAGGGAGCUCAUAGCACUCUCUCUGCCUGCACUGGCCGGACAAGCUAUCGAGCCCCUAGCACAGCUGAUGGAAACAGCUUAUAUUGGUAGAUUGGGUACUGUGGAGUUGGGCUCAGCUGGUGUUUCCAUAUCAAUAUUUAACAUCAUAUCAAAGCUUUUUAACAUUCCUCUGCUUAGUGUUGCCACUUCUUUUGUGGCUGAGGACUUAUCUAAAACUGCAAGUAAAGAUUCUGCUUCAGAGGAGGGAAUUCUUGAAAGCAACAGUAAUCACACCGGCAAACCAUUUACAGUAGCUGAGAGGAAGCAAUUAUCAUCUGUGUCCACGGCUCUGCUAUUGGCAGUUGGGAUAGGCAUUUUUGAGGCCAUAGCUUUAUACUUUGGAUCUGGACAAUUUUUAAACAUGAUGGGUGUAUCAUCCGAAUCACCCAUGCACAGUCCAGCACAUCGUAUUCUUUCUCUAAGAGCACUUGGAGCCCCUGCAGUGGUAGCGUCCUUGGCACUCCAAGGAAUUUUUCGUGGGUUUAAGGACACAAAAACUCCUGUUUUAUGUCUAGGUAUUGGUAAUUUAGCAGCAGUUUUCUUGUUUCCCGUACUUAUGUAUGGCUUUCGACUGGGUGUAGUUGGGGCAGCCCUUUCUACUGUUGCAUCACAGUACCUUGUCGCCUUACUAAUGAUUUGGUAUCUUAAUAAAAGAGUUAUUUUAUUGCCUCCAAAGAUGGGAGCACUGCAGUUUGGGGGAUAUAUAAAAUCUGGUGGUUUUCUUCUUGGAAGAACUCUUGCCGUUCUUACAACCAUGACUGUGGGAACAUCUAUGGCUGCUCGUCAAGGUCCAUUAGCAAUGGCUGCUCAUCAGAUAUGCAUGCAAGUUUGGUUGGCUGUCUCUCUUUUGACAGAUGCAUUGGCUGCAUCUGCCCAGGCCCUGAUUGCUGGUUCAUUAUCUAAAUCUGACUACAGAACUGUAAGAGAAGUGACAGACUUCAUCUUAAAGAUAGGAUUAUUGACGGGAAUCUCCCUAGCUGCAAUUCUCCUAAUAUCUUUCGGCUCUUUAGCAAAUUUGUUUACCAAUGAUGCUGACGUGUUACUUAUUGUUAAAACUGGGGUACUGUUCGUUAGCGCUAGUCAACCGUUGAAUGCUCUGGCUUACAUUUUUGAUGGCCUCCACUAUGGAGUUUCUGACUUCCCAUAUGCAGCUUACUCCAUGAUGUUGGUGGGGACAAUAUCUUCGGCAUUUUUGCUGUUUGCUCCUAGGAUGAUUGGUCUUCCCGGGGUUUGGUUGGGCUUUUCUCUCUUUAUGGGCUUGCGUACAGCAGCAGGCUAUUUCAGAUUAUCAGCAAAGACUGGUCCAUGGUGGUUCAUGCACAGAGAGAUGCAGAAAUUCGAAGUGAAUAAAGUAUACUCUGGUUUUUCACACAGGUUGCGUUAGUUUACUCAUACAAGCUCAUGAUGCGAUUACUAGUGGAUAAUUGCUUGUUUAUCUCAAGAUCUGUUAAUAGUUUUCCCCUAAAACAGCUUCCUACAUGGGAAAGAAUGAUUCAGAAAAAAAAGCAUUCCCAUGUUUAAUGGCAACCAGCCUUCCCUUAAUUUACUUUCUAGUAUUUUGUUGCCA